AUGUCUCUACAACUUUAAAAAAAAAACAAUUUUAUUUCAUAUUGAAAUAAUCUGGUAUUGGAAAAAUACCAAAAAUUCAAUAAAAGUAGUGAAACAUAAUUUUUGCAAUAGUUGUGUUCCUUUCCCUAUGAUGUAAGUCUUUUUUGCAGCUUUACAUGUUUCUUCUCUGAAAAACAAUAAGCAGCAGGCUGCCUGAAUAAUGCAGGAGGAGGAUGCGUUUCCUCUGGUCCUGCUGCGGAGGGAUACGCCGCGCGAGCAACACCUUCCCUUCAAGUGACCCAGCAGCUUUCGUGAAGUCAUUCUGCUUUCCACUCUUUCAGCGAGAGGUGGAGCUUCACGCUGCAAACUUCUAGCCAAGCUGCACAAAGAGCAGAGUGCAGUCACGGAUCUCUCUGCACGCCGUGAGUCAGUGGGCCGCCUGCGCAAAGCUCUCCAGUUUGGAAGUGCGUUGCAUGAACCUGCACGUUUUGACUGCAGGUUUUGCGCCUUCGUUCGCUGAUUUCCACCGAAAAAAAGCAACAACUAGGAGCUUUGAAGACUGAAGCUGCAAGAGUGGCCUGGGAACUUUUGCCAUCAUGAGCAAGCAAAGAGUCAACCUUGACACUUACAGCUUGUCGCUGCUUACAGCCAAGGAGGACAUCCUAAACCCUCGCUCCUCCACCAACUGGGCAUUGUUUGUGUACGAGGGGGCCACCAACAAGCUCAAGCUGGCCGACUCAGGAGUGGGUGGUGUGACUGAAUUGGCAGAAAAGUUUCACAUCUCAAAGCCUCAAUAUGGACUGUGCAAUGUCGGGCAGACAGAGUCUGGAGCAGCUCAGAUAGCUAUGAUCUGCUGGAUGGGCCAAAAGGUGGAUGACUACUGGAGAACAGAAUGCUCCAGCCACAUUCCGGCCAUCAAAAACUUCUUCAAGGAAGCGCAGGCUUUCAUUAGCGCUGAGAAGGCGGACGAUGUGACAGAGGAGAAGAUACGAGCUGAGCUCAGCAAGGCUCAAGCUCAACCUCCAUCACAGUGGGUGAGACGGAGCUCCAGAUCCUCUGAAAAGGAGGACAUAGUGGGUACAAACUACAGAAAAACAAAUGCAGCAAUGGAGAUGAGACUCAUAAACAGAGAUUCCUUUUGGGCACAUGCAGAGCGUGAAGAAGAAGAGAGGAAAGAAGAAGAAAGAAGAAAAGCAGCAGAGGAGAGACGUCGCCUUGAAAGAGAAAGAGUUCUGAAGGAGCGGAGAGAAGAGGAGGAGAGAGACCGCAAAAUGAAUGAGAAACUACAAAUGAUCGAGGAGCAAAGAAGAAAACAAGAGGAGCAAGAAGAAGAAAUGCGAAGGAAGGAAAAGUUGAAAUGGGAGCAGCUGCAGAGGGAGCACCAGGAGGACAUGAGGGCUCGUCUGCGCAGGAGUGAAUCCAUAGAGAAGGCAGCAGAGGCAGCAGUGUUGGUGUCCCAGCGCUCCAUGAACCCCAGGGAGUUCUUCAGGCAGCUGUCAUCAUCAUCAUCACAGAGUCCCACCAGCCCUGGCUCUUCCCGCACCGGCAAACCAUUCAGAAGAUAUCAGCGCAGCCUGACAGAUACAGCCUUCAUCUUCUCUAAAGCAGAAGAAAGUGCGCCAUCCUCGCCACGCAGCUCUCCCCUGGUGUCCCCCUUCUCACGGGCUCCUCCCUCCCCGCUAUUUCAUGCAACAUCUGCCCCCAGGAGCCCCGAUUUCUGCUCAGCAAGCUCUCCACAAAUGCCCAAGGCUCCCAUGUCACCACCCUUGUCUCCUCUCCGACCGCCCCCCCCAGUUUCAGCCUUGCCCAGCGUUUCACAAACCAGCAACCAGGUUAUUAAUGAGCCCAAAGCGCCAUCACCCACUGAGCCGCCUGACUCCCUCAGAUUCUUGGGAUCGUCGUCGCCUAGUUUUAUAGAAAAAAGCCCAGAUACUCCCCCAGCCACACCCCCAAAUGUCCCAGACCAGACAGAGUCAGCCGGGCCCCCACCUGAGAUUUCACAGCUGAGCACAGACCGCAGCACUGAGAGUGACGUUCACAAUGGGCUGCUUUCAGACAUUGCCUACACAGUACAAGCUGUACUGGUCGAAGAGAAUGAGGAAGAGGAUACGGAGGAACACGAGCAACAUAAGACUGAUGAGCAGCCAGAUCUGUGUGAGACCAUGCCAGAACAUGCACAGAUUGAGACAAAAGAGACUGAAGAGGAGCAGGUGAAUGAAGAGCAUUUGAAAGAGGAAGAGGUGGAUGAAGAGGAGGAGGAGGUGGAUGGAUUAAAAGAGCCUGCGUUACUGGAGGAAAUUCCAGAAGUGGGAUAUGAUGAAGAUGAGGCUGAGGAAGAUGUAAAAGAGUAUAUCCAGUUGAGAGACAGCCAGCCCCUUGCUGAGCCUGUGGAGACAGAGGAGUCAUCAGUUCCAGACACCAAAUACAUUUGUCAAGACAAGAAUCAUGACGCUCUAAUCCUCCCAACCAAUGGGAUAACAAAUGGACAGGAGCAGAACGGGACAGAGCGAUCUUUGAGCCCAUCUGACACAGAACACAGCACAUCUGAGCUGAGUGUGUCCUGCCAUCCUCACGCUGAUGAGGAAGAGGACUUCACAGAGGAUAAAGACGAGGGCAUUUCAGAGAAUGGACAGGAGGAUUCAGUCGAGCAGCACAUGUGCGUUCGAGCUCUCUAUGACUACCAGGCAGAGGACGAAACGGAGAUCUCCUUUGAACCCGGUGACAUCAUCCGGGAUGUGGAGACGGUGGACAAAGCCUGGUGGAGGGGUUGGAGCAAAGACGGUCGCCAAGGCUUAUUCCCGGCUAAUUAUGUGGAGACCAUAUAGACAGGCGAAGACGGAUCACAAACUUACACUCAGGGACACUUGCUUUUCUUCCCCCUCGUUUCCGCGUGUUUUCACCUUAAUCCUCCCACUGAAACUUUAUUCCCCAUGUUCUGUAGGAAGAAUAAAGACACACGUGACUCCUUGUUUUGUAGAAAGAAUAGACUAAAGUGUGACUCUUUUUUUGAUGUUUUGGAGAAAAACACUAGUAUGUAGAAAUUACCCAGCCUCAUUUUCAUAGGUAAAACAGCAAAGACCUUUUUUCCUGGACCAAAAUAACUUAUUUCCUUUUGAGAUACUGCGGAAUUGUUGGUGGGAGAAGAAAAAAAAAGAAAAAGAAAAACACCGAAUGAUCUUAAACUUUUUUUUUUUUUAUUUACUCGAAGAAAAAAAAACAUUUUCUUCCAAGCAAAAAGUAUUCCUUUUGAUUCACACCUUUAACAAGCAUUCCUGUGCUCACCUUUUGUAACCAUGUACCAGGUAUCACCUUAUAAUCAUCUUUUUACUACUUUAUUUUGUAGUUGUGUACUUGAAAUUCACAACUCAGUUUAAUUAUCUCCCUAAAAAAGUAAUAAUAUUGAGGAAAAUGAGACAAUGAUGCGUGUAUUUUUGGUUGGGAUAAUCUUUGUUCUGAUAGUGUUUGUCUUUACAUCCUUUUGUAAUUAUAUUUUGCCUUAUGGAUUUAACAAUUUUAAUGCAUUCUCUGUCAGCACAUAUACAAUUUGAAAAAGAAAAAGUAGUCCACACUGUAUAUAAGAAUGUAUAAAAAUAUUAACAACUAUCUUUUUGUAUCCUUGAGUCAGAAGUUUGUAUGUUUUAUACUUGUGUUGUAUUUUUCGUUUCUGUAUUUACUCCAAACUUACCAAACUGUUUCAUAUAAAGUUCUAAAAAUAUA